AUGGAGCUUGAAAAGAGGUACUCCGGCUCCAGCGCCAUGGAGCUCUUCUACGAAGCCGUCAACGAUGACCUGGCCCGAUACACCCUCCUCGCCCUGGGAUGUGCUGCCGCCGCAUACUAUAUCUGGCAGCUCACCGUCCGAUUCUCCGAUCACCUACGAAAACUAUCCACUUUCGGCGAUGACAACCAACGAUAUUUCGUCCCAGCUCAUGAAAAGUUUUCCUGGAUCAAGAACCAUUUGAUCUAUGCUCCGCUAUUCCGGAACCGCCACAAUCGCGAACUUCAGCUCUCGCAGGCCAUCAACAUGGGUACCCUUCCCAGCCGCUUUCACGGGCUUCUGGUUGCCGGUGUAGUUGGCAUGAAUGUGAUUCUUUGCCUGGUCACUAUUCCCUACGCAUCCGAGGAAAGUACUGCCGCCGGUAUCGUUCGAAAUCGUACUGGCACUAUGGCUACUGUGAACCUCAUUCCUCUCGUCUUGAUGGCGGGGAGGAACAACCCAUUGAUUGCUAUGCUUCAUGUGCCAUUUGAUACGUGGAACCUUCUUCAUCGAUGGUUGGGGCGUAUUGUGGUCUUGGAAGCUCUAGCACAUACGUUUGCGUGGGCGAUUCCCAAAGCUCAGGAUGCAAGCUGGAAAGCCGUUGGUGAGUAUAUCACUGGAAGUAGCUUCCUCCUCUGUGGACUUGUUGGUACUUGUGCUCUCGUCGCACUUUUAUUACACUCUCCCUCACCAAUUCGCCAUGCUUUCUACGAGACAUUCGUCCACCUGCACUUCGCUCUCGCAGCGGUCUUCAUGGGCUUCCUCUGGGUACACCUGAAUGGAAUGGCCUCGCAGAACUAUCUACUUGCAGCUAUAAUAUUAUGGGCUUUAGAGCGUGCAACUCGCCUUUUCAUCAUCAUAUACCGCAAUCUCGGAUACUCUUCCACCACCGCUACAAUCGAAGCAAUGCCCGGCGACGCAAUGCGUAUUACACUCCGUCUCGCCCGCCCAUGGAAGUUCCAUCCAGGUCAGCACAUCUACCUCUACAUCCCAGCCGUCGGAUGGUGGACCUCCCACCCAUUCUCCGUAGGCUGGAGCGAAACCGAAGACACAAUGUCCGACGAGAAAUCUCUUCCCUUGCCAAUUACUCAGCAAGAUCUCCUCGGCGCUCCUCAACAGACAACCCUCUCGCUACUCGUCCGCCGCCGCACAGGCAUGACCGAUAAACUUUUCCAGCGCGCCGCAAACGCCAUGGGCUCUCGCAUUACUCUACGUGCCUUCGCUGAGGGACCCUACGGUAACAUCCACUCCAUGGAUUCCUACGGUACAGUCAUGCUUUUCGCUGGCGGCGUCGGUAUUACCCACCACGUCCCAUUCGUGCGCCAUCUCGUCGCUGGCUUCGCAGAUGGCACGGUCGCUACCCGCCGCGUGACCCUUGUGUGGAUUAUUCAAUCUCCCGAACAUCUGGAAUGGAUCCGGCCCUGGAUGACGAGUAUUCUGGCUAUGGAUCGCCGCCGAGAGGUUCUUCGUGUUAUGCUGUUUGUAACACGGCCGAGAAAUACCAAGGAAAUCCAGAGUCCAUCUGCGACUGUGCAGAUGUUCCCUGGCCGACCGAAUAUCGAUACUCUUGUUGGCAUGGAAGUUGAGAACCAGAUUGGGGCUAUGGGUGUUCUUGUUUGUGGUAACGGGAGCUUAAGCGAUGAUGUUCGUCGUGUUUGUCGGAAGAGGCAGUCGAAGUCCAAUUUGGAUUAUGUGGAAGAGAGCUUCACUUGGUAG